ACUAAAAAUACGGGAGAUCGUUUACGCCUUAUUCUAGAGUACUAGAAUGCCGAGCAGUACGUCAGUAUUAGGUCGAUGGUCGGUAGGCCGAUGAUAUUGUUAUAGAUCGUGCACUGCAUUAACAAGGUACCGGUGUUUCGGUUUCCGUAAGUUUUCAGUUAUCUACAACAUGUUCAAGUUUAAUAAGCUGGUACAGGGCAUCUAAAGUAAUGGGUGCUAAAGGUUAACACCAAACUGUUUGCAGAUCCAUGUCAUUCUGCACCUGAAUCACUUCCUCCCAAGCAAGGAUAUCCUGAAAAAUGUUACAUCAGAAUUUGUGUAAUAGAUUGCCGAAAAAACGCGUUUGGAAUACCGUAGUCUGAUUUGGAUGAUCGUUAGUUAUGUAAACGCGGUUUCCGAGAUAUAUUGUCACGUUGAUGCGGCGUACGCAUGGAGGUCCACUUCCGAUAUGAACAUGGGGCAUUACCGUUUACUUUUUAGUUGUACAUCUUUUGAAUAAGGAAAUUUUAUUCCCUUAACCUUGCACACGGUUUACUUCUAAGGAUCAGUGCUCUAAAAUAGCAGAGUAGUGGUUAAUUGGAGAUCGGUACUGUUUCUCCUUUCUGGGGUGCAUCCCAUUACCUCCACAUCUUAUCAACAAUGAUUUAUCAUACAGCUGCAGCUUGUUUUAUAUUUUUUGUGAUAACAUUAGGAAUCGCAUUAGCCCGGCAUGAUGUCCACAAAGAAUCUCUUUCUUCGGUUCAAGAUAUUACAGUAUCGCUUUCUUAUGACCUAUCAAAUAUUGACACCAGACCAAAGCGGCAAGUGAAUUAUGAAACCGGCGGCAUUCGGGCCUACAAGAGUCCAAAGAAUCGCCGGAAAGGUCGCAAAAAGUACAAGACAGGGACAGCCUACGCCGGCGCACAGCCUCGUCCCUAUGGCGGAGACGGAUCCCGACCCACUAAGCCGUAUAAUGAGCCCUACAACAAUCCCGGCCCAUCCUACAACAAUGCGCCAAACCAACCAAACUAUCCAUCGGCGGAUCCCUCCAUCCAAUACAACUCACAACCGCCCUACUACUCUCCGGCACCAGAACAGACUUACCAGCCAAAGUCGUACGACAACUAUCCUGCCCAGCCGCCCAUGAAUUACAGUGCUCAAAACGCGUAUCCGUCCGUACUUCCAUACCAGACCCAACCGGCUGGAUAUGCCACCGGGUACCCAAACGCACUGCAUCGUAAUACCAGUGGAUUUUACGCGGAAGAAGGACAGCCGCCGGUAAUGCCGGCUUACCCUCCACCCAACCCGUAUUCCGCUCCUCCUUAUCCACAACCUCCGCCGCCACAGUACUCCGCCCCGCCUCAACCCUACGCUCCUCGUUUCAUUCAACAACAGUCGUACGGCGGGGCCGCGGAUUACCCCAAACCCGCUGACUAUCCCCGACCAGCUCCCCCCGUGCCGCCGUACGGCGAUGGCUAUCAAGGUGCACCACCCAUACCGGCACCCACAUACAAUCAGCCGCCAGCGUAUCCAGUGGGACCAACACCCAACAAUCCACCACCACCAGUAAACUAUCCCGCCCAGUCUGCGCCGUACUCCGCUGGUUACGGCGCCAACCCGCCACCGCAUCCGGGUCAACCGUGUUACGCGCCGGACGGUACGGUGGUUCCCUGUACAUAUCCCGGUGCCCCAGUGGGACCGGGCUACUAUCCUUCCAGUUCCCCUCGCCCCGUGUCCAGUACACCGGCAUCGAGUACGGCGGCGCCCGGCAAUUCCACGGUCGCUUCAUCCACGGCGGGGUCAACGGAUUCCAGUAGUGCCAGUACGGAUGCCGGGUCCACGGCGGCCAGUACGGCGGCGUCCAGCAGCAGUGGCACAGAUCCCACGGCUUCGCCAGCCUCCACAGAUUCGACCAGUGCAGCAACCGACUCGACUUCCACUUCACCGUAGUUUAGACCAGGAAAAUGGAGGCCUCGAAGCCAACAAACGAAGUUACUAAGAGUGGAACUGCACUUGCAGAUUAUUUAGACACCUGGUUUAAAACAGCAUAACCAUCAGAAUUUGUACAAAUAAAAUUUUAGAAUUAAUUAUGCUUUCGAUGUUUUAAUCGUAACAGUGGUCUGAUUUACCUUGUAUAUUGUAUUAUCGACUUUUUUGUACUCAUACUCGUAUAUUGCGAUAAUAAAACAAUAAAUUCGCCCAU